AAUUAAAAAUCAGAGUGAUUUAGUGGUCGAUGAUGAUUCAUCUCAUAAUACACACUGCACUUCCCUACAUAGGCUGCCUUUAUAAGUUGAAAGUAUCAGUUUCGGCAAUACUGGCCCUGUAUUUAUUUGAUAUCGGAUCGAAACCGACAUUUGCAGCAUCGCACAGCCCUAACGUAGUCCAAAAACCAAAAAAAACUAUCAAUCACUUUUGUUUGUAGUUUAAAUCUCGCGGCGUCACGUUCUUUCCGCCUCCAAACCUCUCCUUCUAAAUGCACUACUACUAUCUCUACUACUGUUAGGGCCACAUUAAAAAAAGUUAGUUUCUAUUUUGGGAUUAAGGUCGAUAUUUCGAGUUUAGAAACAUUAUUUGAAAAACAUUAUUUGAAAAAGUAUUUUUUUCUUUCUUAACGUGGCCACAAGACCCGGCCUCAGUGUCCGCGGAAGUUUCAGAAAAUCCUCGUCCUCCGGGAACCCGUGAAUGCAUCAUUACCCGGGGAAAUCAAACAAGUCUCGCAGUUCUCUGUGUUCGGGUAAAUAAAUAAAUAAUUUCGCGCGGUAGUUUGAAGUUAGAGCAAGUAGUUAAUAUUUUUUCUUAUCUAUGCUGCUUCUUUAUUAACUACUUAAUUACUACUGCCUUGUAAUUUCAAAGAGUUAAGCGAACCGCAUAACCUCCUUGGAUAUGUGAGCAUGGGCAGCCAAAGUGACUGCACCAGUGACCCUGAUGAGGAGCUGCCUGUGUUUGACUUCCUCCAGCCAGCCUCCCACAGACAUGCAGAGAAACCAGACUUUGAUGGUUUUGAUGCUGCAGCAGCAGCUGUCUCCUCCCCAGGGAGGGGGAGUGGUGGCGUGUGCAUGGGAAUGGCUAAUGUAACGAUAAUCAGCAGCAGUUCCGAUGAUGAUGAUGCACCUUAUGUUCCUUUAGCACAAAGAAUCAAGGCAAGGCGAGACAAUGUGAUUAGCACCUCCUCCAUCGUGACUAAUGAGAAUGAUGCCGAGCACUGUUUGCCGCUCUGUCUGCCCAGCUCACAGUUUUCUGGCCAGAAUGGCUUUUCAGAGUCAGAGUGCCCGCUCGGCUCACAUCAGGUGAGAAAAAUGGGCUGUGGACAGGAGCUUCCUCUGAACGGAGCAAGGAACACAGACACUUUUCCUUCUAAGAGGAAACUUGGCAAGCGAAUGGUUGAGGAGAUCCAGGUCUCCAGGGAGGUGGCUCUGAGUAAGAGGGAGGCUAAGAAGAGACAGCAGCCAGACAAGGAUGUGCUCAGGGAGGAACGAGAGAGACAGAAAAUGGAGAGGAAAGCUCUGGCAGAGGCUGCUAGGGCCCUGAGGCCAGAGGAAUGUAUCAAGCAUAUGGUGGUGGUGGUGGAUCCAGCUCUCCUACAGCUGGAAGGAGGCGGCACUUUGCUGGCCUCGUUACAGGCUCUGGGUUGUAGCUGCGCCAUCAAGAAACAAUCCCUCCCACGCAGUGUGAGCUGGAUGAGAAGAGCUCCCUGUGCGCAGGCAGAUGAAGGAGCAUCUGUACUAGAGGCCUAUGUUGUGAUACAGAUGACAGUGGAGGACUUCAUUACUUUGAUCCACAACUACGUUCAGAAUGAGAGGCAUGGCAGAUCAGACUGUGGGCCCACAUUGACAUCCUGGGUCCAGGAGCAGCAGAGGCGUCACCUUGGCAAGACCCUUAGCCUAGCAGUUAUUGAGCUUGAGAAAUACUUCAGAUCACAGAAAUCACAAAACCAGAAGCAUUUUCGAGAGGCUGUUGCUGGGGAGGAGACGGGGGGAAGUAAAACCAAGAGGAGAAAGAAGAAUGGUGGAGCUGGUGUACUGCCUGAGGUGUCGCGAGUUGACGUAGAGGAGGCAAUGGUGCAUCUCCAGCUUCACACUGGUGUCUCAGUCUGCUUCUUUUGUACCUGGAGGGACUUCUCGGAUCACAUCACCAUGACAACCAAAGCAGUUGCAGAGGCCCCUUUCAAGAGAGAGAGGGAAAAGACUGGCUUUUCCUUCUACCUAGAGAGUGAGUGGGCAGGGGGCCAGCGGGUGGAUAGAGGUGGUAAGGGUCUGCUGCAGGUGUGGAAGAGACAGAUCCAGCAGUUCAACAGAGUGAGCCCAGACAUGGCUGCUGCCAUCUUGGCAGCUUAUCCCUCUCCACAGCUGCUCAAGAAGGCUUACAACCUGUGCAGGACCAAACAAGAGAAGGUCUCUUUGCUCUCUGACCUACUGAUCCGGAGAGGAGAAGGUGUCACUUCCACCACUCGUAGGAUUGGUCCGGAGCUCUCCAGACGCAUCUUCCUGACAAUGAGCUCCUGUGAUCCAGAACUGAGUCUAGACUCUAAUCUCUGAAAUUUGAAUUUGAUUUUGUGGCCCACCUGCUUUGAGUUGGACGUUUGUGGUCAUAUCUUUGAAUUUAAUACUAUGUAAUUAAAGUUCAGAUUUUUAAAAAUUUUAUUUAUGUAUUAAAGUUUUAUUUAAAUAACA